AUGCACGGGGUGGCGAGGAAGCUGAUGUGGGGGAGCAGCCCGGUGGGCGCGGCGGGGUCGGACAGGCCCGACGACCACGACGUCGUGAUCGUGCUCGCCUCGCUGCUCUGCGCGCUCAUCACCGUGCUCGGCAUCGGCCUCGUGGCGCGGUGCGCGUGCGGGCGCGGCCGCGCGCAGGCGGCGGCCAACAGGGGCGUCAAGAAGUCGGUGCUCCGCAAGAUCCCCACCGUGCCGUACGUCGCGCCGGCAUCCGCCGCAGGAGGGGACGCGGCGGAGUCAGGGGGAGCCGGCGGAGGCGGAGGCGGCGGAGUGCGCCAUCUGCCUGGCGGAGUUCGAGGAGGGCGAGUCCAUGCGCGUGCUGCCCCAGUGCGGCCACGCCUUCCACGCCGCCUGCAUCGACAAGUGGCUGCGGGGCCACUCGUCCUGCCCUUCCUGCCGCCGGAUCCUGUCCCUUCCAGCUGCCUCCCGGCGAGCGGUGCCGCCGCUGCGGCGCGCGGCCCCAGGACGGGGACGACGCUGGGUGGAAGCCCACCUACUACAGCGCCAUGCCGCCGUUCCUGGCGUAGGCGGCAGAGGAAUCGUCCAAUCCGAAAGCGAAGCAAUCCUUUCGGUUAA